CCGCUCGCUCGCUCCGCGCUCUCUCGCGCUCUCUCGCUCACACACGCGCGCACUCGCCGCCGCGGCUCCCGCUCUCGCGCCCGCUCUCCCUCCGGCUCCUCCGGGCGCCGCCGGGCUCCGGACUCGCCCGCCGCCGGCGCCGGGGCCCCCGCCCCACGCAGCGCCCCGAGGCGGCAGGACGGGGGAGCCCCGGGCCGCUCCCCGAGGCUCCUGGACCCGACGGCGCCUCGUCCUCUAAGGAUCCUCGGAUCUGUGGGCCCCAGCCAGCACCCCUCUGCGCAAGGAGCAUGGCGCACCCCAGACUCGGAAGCUGCGGAGGCGCUGCCUGGUGACCCCGCCUCGGAGGCUCCAGGGGGGCGCGGGCGGGACCCUGGGGACCGUCCAUGCCCAGGGUGCGGCCGCGCCCCCUCCCCCUCCAGCCAGGCGCCCCCGCUGCUGGGUGGCGUUCAGGGGUGCCGGCCAGUCCGGGUGCCUCGCUGAGGCCACCAUGUGAUGUGGCCCCGCUUGGUGGUGCCACCCGAGCUGCGUCCCUCUGGUCGUCCAUGCUCCUGGGCCCCCGCGCAGGCUAAGGAUGAGGCCGCGUCCCCAUCGGGCACUGGCGGGAGCUGCGCUGUCGCCCGCGCUGCUGCUGUUGCUGCUCCUGCUGCCACCGCCGCCACCGCUGCUGGGACGCCUGUGGGCGGCGGGCACGCCAGCGCCAGCCGCGCCUGAAGCUCCGCAGGAAGGUGCACUGGGCACUGGCCGCGUGAAGCGCGGCUGGGUUUGGAACCAGUUCUUCGUGGUGGAGGAGUACACGGGCACGGAGCCCCUCUAUGUGGGCAAGAUCCACUCGGACUCCGACGAGGGUGACGGGGCCAUCAAGUACACCAUCUCGGGUGAGGGCGCAGGCACCAUCUUCCUGAUCGAUGAGCUGACAGGUGACAUCCAUGCCAUGGAGCGGUUGGACCGUGAGCAGAAAACCUUCUAUACGCUGCGGGCCCAGGCUCGGGACCGCGCCACCAACCGCCUGCUGGAGCCCGAGUCGGAGUUCAUCAUCAAGGUGCAGGACAUCAACGACAGCGAGCCCCGCUUCCUGCAUGGCCCCUACAUUGGCAGUGUGGCCGAGCUGUCCCCCACAGGCACAUCGGUGAUGCAGGUGAUGGCCUCGGAUGCGGAUGACCCGACGUAUGGCAGCAGUGCUCGGCUGGUGUACAGCGUGCUGGAUGGAGAGCACCACUUCACGGUGGACCCCAAGACCGGCGUGAUCCGGACUGCGGUGCCUGACCUCGACCGCGAGAGCCAGGAGCGCUACGAGGUGGUGAUCCAGGCCACAGACAUGGCAGGCCAGCUGGGCGGCCUCUCGGGCUCCACCACCGUCACCAUCGUGGUCACCGACGUUAAUGACAACCCGCCCCGUUUCCCGCAGAAGAUGUACCAGUUCAGCAUUAAGGAGUCGGCCCCCAUCGGCACAGCUGUGGGACGCGUGAAGGCCGAGGACUCGGACGUGGGUGAGAACACGGACAUGACUUACCAUCUCAAAGAGGAGAGUGGCACCGGUGGCCAUGUGUUCAAGGUCACCACGGACAGCGACACUCAGGAGGCCAUCAUCGUAGUGCAGAAGCGCCUGGACUUCGAGUCCCAGCCGGUGCACACGGUGGUCCUGGAGGCCCUCAACAAGUUCGUGGACCCCCGCUUCGCUGACCUGGGCACAUUCCGCGACCAGGCGAUCGUGCGCGUGACGGUGACCGAUGUGGACGAGCCCCCCGAGUUCCGGCCGCCCUCCGGCCUCCUGGAGGUGCAGGAGGACGCGCAGGUGGGCUCCCUGGUCGGCGUGGUGACUGCGCGGGACCCCGACGCCGCCAACCGGCCCGUCCGGUAUGCCAUUGACCGAGAAUCGGAUUUGGACCAGAUCUUCGACAUCGAUGCGGACACAGGUGCCAUCGUGACGGGCAAGGGACUGGACCGUGAGACCGCCGGCUGGCACAACAUCACGGUGCUGGCCAUGGAGGCAGACAAUCAUGCCCAGCUCUCCCGGGCAUCCCUAAGGAUCCGAAUCCUGGACGUGAACGACAAUCCCCCAGAACUGGCCACUCCCUACGAGGCAGCCGUGUGUGAGGACGCCAAGCCAGGCCAGCUCAUCCAGACCAUCAGCGUGGUGGACAGAGACGAGCCCCAGGGCGGGCACCGCUUCUAUUUCCGCCUGGUGCCUGAAGCUCCCAGCAACCCUCACUUCUCUCUGCUCGACAUUCAAGACAACACGGCCGCAGUGCACACGCAGCACCUGGGCUUCAACCGGCAGGAGCAGGACGUGUUCUUCCUGCCCAUCCUGGUGGUGGACAGCGGGCCGCCCACGCUCAGCAGCACGGGCACGCUCACCAUCCGCAUCUGCGGCUGCGACAGCUCCGGCGCCAUCCAGUCCUGCAACACCACGGCCUUCGUCAUGGCCGCCUCCCUCAGCCCUGGUGCCCUCAUCGCCCUGCUGGUCUGCGUCCUCAUUCUAGUCGUGCUGGUGCUGCUGAUCCUCACCCUCAGGCGCCACCACAAGAGCCACCUGAGCUCCGAGGAGGACGAGGACAUGCGGGACAAUGUCAUCAAAUACAACGACGAGGGUGGCGGCGAGCAGGACACCGAGGCCUACGACAUGUCGGCGCUGCGGAGCCUGUACGACUUUGGCGAGCUCAAGGGCGGCGGCGACGGGGGCGGCGGCCCGAACGGGGGCAGCCCCGCGCCCGGCCUGCCCUCCGAGCGCCACGCGCUCCCGCAGGAGCCGCCGAGCCCGCCGCCGGACUUCUCGGUGUUCAGGGACUUCAUCGGCCGCAAGGUGGCGCUGGCGGACGGGGACCUGUCGGUGCCGCCCUACGACGCCUUCCAGACCUACGCCUUCGAGGGCGCGGACUCGCCCGCCGGCUCGCUCAGCUCGCUGCACAGCGGCUCCUCGGGCUCCGAGCAGGACUUCGCCUAUCUCCGCAGCUGGGGCCCGCGCUUCCGGCCCCUGGCGGCGCUCUACGCCGGCCACCGCGCGGACGACCAGGCCCCGGCCUCCUAGCCCCUUCCACCUUCCGUGGCCGCGGCUGCGUGCCCCGCCCAGGACCCCACUGGGCCCGAGGACACAGCAAUUCCCUGCCUCGCCCUCUUCCCCAGCCCUCCCAGGGCGGCCGGACGGGAGGGGCUUGUUGGGGGCUGAUUCCCAAAGCCCCGGCAAGGGGCGUCGGGGUGCAGCUUUCGGCCCAGAGGUGCGAGAAUUAUGAUCAACGUUAUUAAAACUGCCGCGAGACCAGGCACUGCGUGGAUCUGGGGUUAGGAAGGGAGAUCGGGGUGUCAUUGCUGCGAGAAGGGGCGGGUUACUCACUCCUGGCUUGGGGGAAAACCCUGGGGGAGGACGCUGCCAGGUGCCCCCCACAGGUUUCCCCCAUAAGAGUUCAAAGGAAAGAAGGGCUGUUCAUUUACUAAGCGCCUACUGUGUGCUGGGAUACUGGAGAGUCUAUCUUAGUCGUCACAGAGACCAUGAGGUGGGACCCCGCGGGGAACAGCUGGAGAAAGCCACCCGGCACAGUGGCAGUGAGCUGUCCAAAGACACCCGGUCCCUGAACAGUGGGGCCCUUGGUACUUGCCAGCUGCCUGGCCUCUGCAAGUGGCCCCGCUUCUCUGGACCACAGUUUCUAACUGUCAACUGAGGCUAAUAACAGAACCUACCCGGAAGAGUUGUGAAGAUAAAAGGGUUCAGAAGUCAAGGGGUUAGGACAGUGCCUGGCACAUAGUAGGUGUUCAAUAAAUGUUAGCCUUUGAUACUA